AUGUAUAACAUACGCAAGAAAAGCCAGAGCCAGAGUCAUCUUGAUGAAGGUGGUAAUUCAGAGCUGAGCCAAAGACUGAGAAUACUACACGUAUGCGCCACAGCUUCAUCAGAAAACAUUAUUUUAUCUCCGAGAGCAAGUGUAACCACACCAAUCCGGCUCAAUAGUCCUCACAUGUCUGUAUUAGACUUGAAUACUAUUAACCGUAGUAUUGUCAAUGGGCCACAAUAUCAGCAGUCUAGUCUACUGAGUCAUUGUGAGUCGUCUCAACUUGCAAAUGAGACCCAGAUUUUAACUGCUAAUGCACCCACAACUGCACCCACAACUGCAACCUCAACCUCAACCUCAACAAUAACAAUAAAUAAUCCAACACCUACACAUUUUACUCAAAUGCCACACUUGACAAAUUUGGAAAAUGAAGUUGAGUCAAUAACUUCACCACCUCCUUUAUACCCAUCAACUCCUAAUUCAGUGGGUUUAGACCUUGAGGUUAUGCCGACUUCAUCAUUGUUUGAUUUACCUACUCUUGUACAUAAAUGGACUCAUCGAUAUUCCAUAUUAUGCUGUAUUGCAUCACCCAAGAAUAACUUACUAUUUGGUGGAACUCAGGAUGGGAAAGUCUUGGUAUUUGAUAUGUUGACAUAUAGUUUGAAAAUGGAGAUCAAUCGAGAUGGGAAAGGAGUAGGAGUAGGAGCAGGAGUAGGAGCAGGAGAAGCAGGAGAAGCAGAAACAGAAACAGAAGUAGAAGCAGAGGCAGAGGAUGAGAGUCAUCAUAUAAAUUCGGUCUUGACAAUGACUUUGAAUAAGAACGAAGAUAUUCUAUUCAUUGGCGGUUCGGACUCCUUGGUCAAAGUAUACAGCAUUAAGAAUGGAUUUAUAUGCACACAUGUCAUUUACUCCUUAGUGGAUAUUGGUGAUAUAUUCUCCCUUGUAUGGUGCGAAAAGUCUCAAACUAUAUAUAUUGGUGCACAAAACGCAAGUAUACUAUGGUGCAAAGUUGGUAAGAAUGAAGAUAUAAAACACGCCAGAAAUUUAGAAAACUUGCCUAGGUUUAGAUACGAUAAGUUUUUUGAUUCAAAGGGACCGGGUGGAUCUCAGAAUACCUUACAAACGAAACACGAAUUGCUCAGAAAAAGAAGUAACGCAACAGCAGAGAUCAAACAUAAUAGCAACGAUGGGAAAAAUGGAGGAUCACGAAUACAGAAAUUUGUAGAGUCUAAACAUGAAGAUAUCGUUAGAUUUGCACAUAAUGGGUACGUUUAUUGUUUGGAAAUUGUCGUUGAUACAGUUAUUGGACAUUUCGAUGAGUGCACAUACCUCAUUUCAGGGGGCGGCGAUGGAGUUGUGAAUAUUUGGUCAAUGGGGAAAACUUUAACCAAAUUAACAUCUUUACAAAAUGACGAGUCUGUUUUAUCAAUGACCAUUCAAAAUUCAUUGUUGUAUGUGGGAUUAGGAGACUCUUUUAUUAAUGUCUGGGACUUGAUGACAUUGCAAAUGAUUAGAUCUUUUCAAUUUGAAGAUUGUGGUAUGAAUGAGGUAUUGAGUAUUGGAGUUCACAAUGACUCUUUGUUCAAAGCAUGCACUACUUCAGGAUUGGUCAAACUCACAAUGAAGUAUAAGGACGUUUCAAACAGCGUUUUAAUGAGUCGUCAACUGGAGGAUGGCGUUACCAAUACAGUAUCUAUAUUCAGGGCUAAUAAUGAGACGUAUUUACUUGCGGGUGGGAACAAAUCGUUGACUUUGUGGAACAUUUCCGAAAAAGAUGAUAGUAAUGAAGAACUUAUACAAAGUACUACAACAAGUAACCUGAGUAAAUGCACUCGACUAACAGAUAAUGACCUUUUGUCAAUGUUAAAGAAGUAUAUUUCUUACAAGACCAUUAGCAAAAAUCCCGAAUUAUACCUAGAGGAUAGUCGUCAUUGUGCACAAUUCUUAUCCAAGUUAUUGAAUAAUUUUGGUGCUUAUCAGACUAAAUUACUACCCGUGCAUCAUGGUAAUCCAAUAGUAUUUUCCGAGUUCAAAAGAAAUGCCAAUGUCAAAACAAAUGGCGAAAGAAGAGUAGAAAGGGUUUUGUUUUAUGCACAUUAUGAUGUUGUCGACGCGACUCGACACGAGGCUAAGGAUUGGAGUACUAAUCCGUUUUUAUUGACUGCAAAAGAGGGUAAUCUAUAUGCACGAGGAGUAAGUGACAACAAGGGUCCCACGUUAGCUGCGAUAUAUGCUGUUGCAGAGCUUUAUUCAAAGGAAGAAUUGAGCUGUGAUGUUGUGUUCGUUAUAGAAGGUGAAGAAGAAUGUGGAUCCAUUGGGUUUCAAGAAGUGAUUCAGCAGCAUAAAUCAAGUAUAGGAGAUAUAGAUUGGGUUCUACUUAGUAAUUCAUACUGGUUGGAUGAUAUUACGCCGUGCUUGAACUAUGGAUUAAGAGGUGUAAUUAAUGCAAACGUUACUAUUAAAUCGGAUAGACCCGAUAGACACUCGGGAGUUGAUGGGGGUAUUAGUCGAGAACCUGUAAUGGAUAUGAUGCACGUCCUCAGUACAUUAAUGGAUCCGAUUACACAAGAAAUUAAAAUUGAUGGCUUUUAUAAUGAUAUUCUUCCGUUGACUCAGGCUGAGCAAGAGUUGUAUAACCAGAUCAAACAAAUGUCCAACACAGCGAUUGAUGUUGAUGUACUCAAAUCUAAGUGGAGACAACCAUCACUAACUAUACACAAGAUUCAAGUUUCUGGACCGAAUAAUAAUACUGUUAUUCCCCAAGUUGUUAAAGCAACAAUAUCAAUGCGUAUCGUACCGAAUCAAGAUCUUUCGAUAAUCAAGCAGAAGUUAAUUGACCAUUUAAAUAUUAAAUUUAACCAACUUAAAUCCGAUAAUCAUUUGCAAGUUGAGAUAUUUCAUGAAGCGGAGCCGUGGUUAGGGAAUCCCAAGAAUAAAGUUUACCUGAUACUUUACAAGAAAAUCCAGCACCAUUGGCAACAAGAGCCAUUAUUCAUUAGAGAAGGAGGAUCAAUUCCUUCAGUGAGGUUUUUAGAGAAAUGUUUUAACGCACCAGCGGCUCAAAUACCGUGCGGACAAUCAAGUGACAAUGCGCAUUUAAAAGAUGAGAAAUUGAGAGUGGUUAAUUUAUUCAAAUUGAGGAGUAUUUUAGCUGAUACAUUAAGAGAAAUCGGAUCUUGA